ACCGAAGUGAAGGUCGUACCAGUUCCUCCUCCACCUCCUCCUCCUCUCCCAGAGCUCUUCCCGCCUCGCUCCUUAACCUGCAGUGGAACUUCCUCCGCCCGGCGCCUGCAGCCUCGAGUCAAGGCUGGGAUAAGAUGGAGGCUCUUCACCUGAUGGAUUCACUGGGGCUACAUUGCUGCUUCCACAGAGAGCCUGGAGUCUCAUGGAUGGCCUUUGAGAGGGACAGACUCCCAGCCCAGGUGGUGACGUUCAAGGAUGUGGCUGUGGAGUUCACGAGGGGGGAGUGGCGCCUCUUGUCCCCUCCCCAGAAGGAGCUGUACAAGGAAGUAAUGCUGGAGAAUGCCCGGAAUCUGCUCUCUAUGGGGCUUCCAGUACCCUCAGAAGACAUUCUAUCUUAUUUGGAGCAGAGGGAAGCCCCGUGGAUGCUGGAGCAAGAAGGCCUGAGGUGCUUCUGCCCAGGAGAGAUCAUACCUGAAAUGGAGGUGAAUCCAACAGAGAUGAGCCCUCCUGUGGAAGAAAUGGACCUACAAAGAUUCACGAGUGUUAGUCCCAAUAACUUUGAUUCCAGAGAAGUCUGUGUUGCUUCUCAAAAUUCAUCCUAUAUUGAAUAUCAAAGAAUGCACACUGAAGAACAAUCUAGUGAAAGUAAUCAGUGUGGAAAGUAUUUUAUGCAACGAGCCAGUCUUGCUCGACAUCACAGUAUUCACACUGGGGAGAAACCUUAUGUAUGUAAGCAGUGUGGAAAGACAUUCAGUCAUGGCCACAGUCUUGCUGAACAUCAGAGUAGGCACACUGGGGAGAAAACUUAUGAAUGUAAGCAGUGUGGUAAGACAUUCAAUCAGAGGUCCGGUCUUGCUCAACAUCAGAAAAUACACACUGGGAAGAAACCUUAUGAAUGUAAGCAGUGUGGAAAGACAUUCAGUCUUAGAUGCAAUCUUGCUCAACAUCAGAAAAUACACACUGGGGAGAAACCUUAUGAAUGUAAGCAGUGUGGAAAGACAUUCAGUCGUGGCCACAGUCUUGCUCAACAUCAGAGAAUACACACUAGGGAAAAACCUUAUGAAUGUAAGCAGUGUGGAAAGACAUUCAGUCAGAGAGGCCAUCUUGCUCAACAUCAGAGAAUACACACUGGGAAGAAACCUUAUGAAUGUAAGCAUUGUGAAAAGACAUUCAGUCGUGGCGACAGUCUUGCUUUACAUCAGAGAAUACACACUAGGGAGAAACCUUAUGAAUGUAAGCAGUGUGGAAAGACAUUCAGUCAGAGAGGCCAUCUUGCUCAACAUCAGAGAAUACACACUGGGGAGAAACCUUAUGAAUGCAAGCAGUGUGGAAAGACAUUCAAUCAGAGAUGCCAUCUUGCUAAACAUCAGAGAAUACACACUGGGGAGAAACCUUAUGAAUGUAAGCAGUGUGGAAAGACAUUCAGUCAUGGCCACAGUCUUGCUGAACAUCAGAGAAUUCACACUGGGGAGAAACCUUAUGAAUGUAAGCAGUGUGGAAAGACAUUCAGUCUUAGAUGCAAUCUUGCUAAACAUCAGAGAAUACACACUGGGGAGAAACCUUAUGAAUGUAAGCAGUGUGGAAAGGCAUUCAGUCAUGGCCACAGUCUUGCUGAACAUCAGAGAAUUCACACUGGGGAGAAACCUUAUGAAUGUAAGCAGUGUGGAAAGGCAUUCAGUCAUGGCCACAGUCUUGCUCAACAUCAGAGAAUUCACACUGGGGAGAAACCUUAUGAAUGUAAGCAGUGUGGAAAGACAUUCAGUCUUAGAUGCAAUCUUGCUCAACAUCAGAGAAUACACACUGGGGAGAAACCUUAUGAAUGUAAGCAGUGUGGAAAGACAUUCAGUCGUGGCCACAGUCUUGCUCAACAUCAGAGAAUACACACUAGGGAGAAACCUUAUGAAUGUAAGCAGUGUGAAAAGACAUGUAGUCCUGGCCACUGUCUUGCUCAACAUCAGAGAAGGCACACUGGGGAGAAACCUUAUGAAUGUAAGCAGUGUGGAAAGACAUUCAGUCAUGGCCACAGUCUUGCUCAACAUCAAAGAAUUCACACUGGGGAGAAACCUUAUGAAUGUAAGCAUUGUGGAAAGACAUUCAGUCGUAGUUACAGUCUUGCUUUACAUCAGAGAAUACACACUGGGGAGAAACCUUAUGUAUGUAAGCAGUGUGGAAAGACAUUCAAUCAGAGAUGCCAUCUUGCUCAACAUCAGAGAAUACACACUGGGGAGAAACCUUAUGAAUGUAAGCAGUGUGGAAAGACAUUCAGUCAGAGAUGCCAUCUUGUUAAGCAUCAGAGAACUCAUACUGGGGAGAAACCUUAUGAAUGUAAGCAGUGUGGAAAGGCAUUCAGUCACAGAUUCAGUCUUGCACAACAUCAGAGAAUACACACUGGGGAGAAACCUUAUGAGUGUAAGCAGUGUUGAAAGACAUUCAGUCAUGUCCACAGUCUUGCUGAACAUCAGAGUACACACUGGGGAGAAACCUUAUGAAUGUAAGCAGUGUGGUAAGACAUUCAGUCUUAGAUGCAAUCUUGCUCAACAUCAGAAAAGGCACACUGGGGAGAAACCUUAUGAAUGUAAGCAGUGUGGAAAGGCAUUCAGUCACAGAUUCAGUCUUGCACAACAUCAGAGAAUACACACUGGGGAGAAAACUUAUGAAUGUAAGCAGUGUGGAAAGACUUUCAUUAAGAACUCCUGUAUUGCUCAACAUCAGAGUACACACUGGGGAGAAACCUUAUGAAUGUAAGCAGUGUGGAAAGACAUUCAGUCUUAGAUGCAAUCUUGCUCAACAUCAGAAAAGGCACACUGGGGAGAAACCUUAUGAAUGUACGCAGUGUGACGAGACAUUCAGUCGUAACUCCCAUCUUUCUCGACACCAGAUUAUUCACACUAGGGAGAAAGUAUGAAUGUAAGAAAUGAGGAAAGAUGUUCACAAUGCAAAUCCAGUCUUGCUAUUGUGUGAAGGAAAUUCCCCUUUUUCCCUUUCUGGGGCAGCAGUAAUCAAAAUAUAACAAAUGAUGUCAAUUUCAAAUGUGAAAUUAUUGGCAUUCCAACAUCAGUUGAUUGCAUUAUCAGAAUUGUCUAAUAUAGAAAAUCACCAUGCAUCUAAUAGCUUUAUACCCUAUACUGAUUGCACUCACAGGUUAAUGUAACAACUGAUACAAUCACUUAUUUCUACAAUUUUUAAACCGAUCACUUGCAUAUGAAGUUUUAUGCCUAUUUCACAUUAUGGUCUAUGCAAGAUCUAUUUAUCAUACCAACACAGAACUUGUGAAUAUUGGAUUUGGCUAUCCACUGGUUGUAACAAUGAAGUUAUUUAUUGGUUCCUUGAUUUUGAAUGUUGAAUUGUAAUCCCCUGUCUGUUGAUUUAAUCUCCAGGAAUGUAAAUACAGUAAUUGAAGUUGAGUGUGAAGAUGUGCCCAUAUUAGAUCUGAUCAACAAGGUUGUAAAUCUCCCACUUAAUCAUUAAGUGGGAUGUCUGUGACCCACGUGUGUGUGAUUGGUAGAUGUGGAAUUAGGGGAAGUGAAGCAAAAAAAAUAUUUAAAAGAAAGACAGGGGCCUGAGGGAAGUUGGUUUUCUGGGAAUUUUUAGUGGUUGGUCUGGGAGUUUGAAUGAGACACUUGGAAUGGGGCCUGCUAAAGUUGAGGCUUAUAAAAGAAUCUGCUGUUUGAACUGACACCAUAGUGAGUGUAAAUACUGACUUCUUUCCUUGCCCUUUCUGGAGGCAUGAGUCCCCAGUCAUGGCCCAUCAUCUUGAGACUCCUUUCCCCUGGCUGGGGCCUUAGAAUUGCUACGAGGGUCAGAGGAAGCAAGAUCUCUCUCGCUCUCUGUGUCUUCCCUUCUCUCUUCCAUGAUAUCUUCCCUUGAUUGUAAAAUAAACUACCAUAAAUUCAA